AUGCGCCAACCCCCAAGCGCUCGAAGAAAUUCUCAACCCUCGGUCGAGCGCGACAACACGCCACAGCUGCCAUCCCUCCAGCCGACGCUACUGAAAGUCUUCGACAAGAAUGAGGCUGGGUUCUAUAAUGUGGACAGGAAAGUGGUACAGGAGUACCUGGGAUGGAACUCAGACAGAAAACAAGAAGCCAGUGAAGAGGACGCUGUGUAUGCAAAAGCGCUAGAAAGCUUAGACUCUACUGUACUGCGAGAACUUGGCGUGUCGAAAGAGGAACUCGGCGCGUCAAGAAAUGGUGUCGACACAACGAGUCUGGAAGAUGAGCAGUCAGCGACACCGGUAUGCGACCGCUGCCACAAUCUGAUCCACCACCGGGUCGGAUCACCCAUACACCACCCCACUGUCGAAGCGAUUCAGCAGACCAUCUUUGAGUCUCCGCAUCGACUGAAUCACAUCUACCAUGUCGUCGACGCCGCAGAUUUCCCGCUAUCUCUCGUCCCUCGUCUCCAGUCGUCUCUACGAAUACCGAAGCUGCGAACGCAGAACCGGCGAGCGAAACACAAGGGUUGGGUAGCCAACGAUAGGAUCGCAGAGAUCAGCUUCAUCGUCACAAGAGCAGAUCUGCUAGCACCCAAGAAGGAGCAAGUGGAUGCGCUGAUGCCCUACAUCAAAGACGUACUUCGUGAUGCCCUAGGCAGAGAAAACAAGUUGGCGCGUCUGGGCAAUGUCCGUCUUGUCAGCGCCAAACGAGGUUGGUGGACGAAGCAGAUCAAGGAGGACAUCUGGGAGCGCGGCGGUGCGGGCUGGAUGGUCGGCAAAGUCAACGUUGGAAAGUCCAAUCUUUUUGAAGCAGUCUUCCCCAAGGGUAGAGGCGCCGACUUUCAGGAGAUUCGCAAGAUCCGUACCGCGGCUGAGCGUGAGGAGAUGCUCAGCAGCGCGAAAUCACUCGAGGACCUCACCCGGGUCCAGCGAGAACUCGCUGAAGAAGACGCCGAGACUGAACGUCUCGCAAAGCAACGCCAAGAACAUACCCAUCAACCGCCUGAAGAAGAUGAUAUCGAAGACUACAACGACGAUCCGGACGCUCUCCUUCCUCCAGCACAACCGUUCACGCUGUAUCCUGUUCUCCCCGUCGCCUCCUCUCUCCCAGGCACCACCGCUUCUCCCAUCCGUAUCCCCUUCGGCCGCAACAAAGGCGAACUCAUCGACCUCCCCGGCCUCGCGCGCACAUCUCCCGGUCUCGAAACCUUUGUCCAACCCGCCUCCCACGACGACCUCGUUAUGGAAAACCGCAUCACCGCCCAAAGACACACCCUCAAGCCCGGUCAAUCCCUCAUCCUCGGCGGCGGUCUCCUCCGCCUUACGCCCGUCACUGAAGACCUCGUCUUCCUCAUCCACCCCUUCGUCCCCAUCCACGCACACGUUACCCGCACCGAAAAAGCCCGCGACUUCCAGCACCAAACCUCCGACCGCCAACUGCAAGUGCCCCCCAUCCUUGCCCCCAACGUCGGCGACAAGAUGCAGUCCGCAGGUACAUUCCAGCUCAAAUGGGACGUCACCAAACAGCUCGCCGGGCCCGUGACAUCCUCCGUCGCCGGCAAAAUGAAGCCCGAAAACCUCCCCUUCCGCAUCUGGAGCACAGACAUCCUCGUCGAGGGCGUCGGCUGGCUCGAAGUCAGCUGCCAGACGCGUCGCCCGCAGGGCUGGAAAGCACCCGGUAUGGUCAAAAAAGACCCGAACGCUUUGCAGAAGCAGAAGCAGGCGCAGCAAGCAGCCGAGGCGGCGCGCAAGACGCGCAAGUUCGCGGCGAUUGCGCGGGCGGAGGAGGAGGGGAGACACGUGGAUGAGGUGCUGGAAGAGGAAUUUGGCGACGAGGAUUGGAAUGCAAGCGGUGAUCAGAUGGCCGAGUGGGAAGACGAUUAUCCUGAGAUCGAGGUGUUCAGUCCGCUAGGCAAGUUUGUGGGUGCGAGGCGCCCGAUGUGUGCGAAUCAGCAGUAG